GAUUGCGUAGAUUAGCAUCCAAAAAUGAAAAGACGCAUCUAUCCCCACGGAUAUCCAGAAUGUUCUAGACAACGCAGGAUAUUUCUUUUUCAUUGGCAUCUAUAGAACACAUAAACAUCUCUGCUUGUGCGAUUUUAGCAUCAUCGAAUAUUGUCAGCACAACACGAGCGAGAGAGAGAGAGAGAGAGAGACUCAACAUGUUCGGAGUGGUUUUUCCAAACCGAAGCUUCCCAAUGGACAUCUCAACCUUUGCUCAAAUCGACACUUUCCACUGGAUCCUCGACAUGAACACUUUCGUCGGGGAGGCCUAUGACCAGGUUCGCGAGCUCUGCAUCUUCCUCCUCAACAGCUUCACGCUCCCGCCGGAUAAGGCGCUCGCCGUUUACAUCCAAUCGCCGGGAUCUCCCUUCGUCUUCUGCGGCGCCGUCACCCUCGCUCGCCCAUCCGCCGUACUCUCACUGCAGUGGCCGGAUCCCGGAGGCUCCGGCGGGCAGCUGCAGCUGACGGCGGACGCACAGACGCUGUCGGCGAAAAUCGGGGUGUCGGUGGAGGACGUGGCGUCGCUGCCGUCGCUGGAUGUGGGGGCGGAGAAGCGGAUCGAACGGAUGGCGAUGAAAGUGGGGGAGAACUUGUUCAACUUCAUGCAAUCAUUUUGCGGCGUGGAUGGGUCGAAGUUGGUUGUCCCUAUGGAUAUCUUGGAUCGGUGGUUCAAAAAGUUUCAGGAGAGGGCCAAGCGUGACCCUGAAUACUUGAAGGGUUUCGCUUUGCCAUUUGUCUACUUGAUCGUUUCAGCUGCAUUGUGAAAGAACAUAAUCCUUCAGCCUGACAAGGAUGGCUCAGAAGAAAAUUUUGGUUGUGGGAUUUUAAUGCUUCCUUUUCACGCUUUGAUUGAUGAUGGUUUCUUUUUCGUUUUACUCUAGAUAUUCUUAAUCUUAUCAUAAAAAUAUGUAGUAAGGAAAAAUAUAAUGUUAGAGUCCCACAUUGAUUGUGUAAGCAACUAGUGUGAGAUUUAUAAGGUCUUGGGCACUCCCACCCUUUGAGCUAGCUUUUGGGGUGGUGAUCCCAUGGGUCCCUAUCAUUUGGUGCUUUCAUUGAGAGUUGGACCGCGGAAAGGGCUAUCUGAUAGGUGGGUGAAGCCGCCCAAAAGGGGAAAGGGCUACCACCGGGUCAGAGUGAAAGCCGCCGUGGACGUCGGCCUUAAAGGGGGUGGCAAUGUUAGGAGUCCUACAUUGAUUGUGUAGGCAACUAGUGUGACCUUUAUAAGGUUUUGGGUACUCCCACCCUUUGAGGCUAGCUUUUGGGGUGGUGAUCUCAUGGCUCCCUAUCAUAUACAUUGGGUUAAGUAUCUCCUGGUUGAUGGGUAAAGAUUGCAGGUAUUUGGUGCACAGAUUAUAUUUUCUUAUGGUGUUUCUAUUAGGAGUGAUUCAUGAAGCUUGUGAUUGAGAAUAUGUUGAUAAUUUAAUUCAAAUCUCACUCAUUCCGCCUUACGACUGUAGUUGCUGUUGGGAUGGGGUUAAUUUGCAUAUAUUUAAUUGUCACCCCUUGGAUGUAUCAUUAACCUGGGGAAAUCACAAAUUUUGGUAUUCCUUUUGCAAUUCAAUAUACAUGUUUCCCACAGCAGUUGAGCUCUUGGAUGUCCCUUCUG